UGGGGAAGUAAACGAAGCAAACUUUCGUUUCCCUCGUGAAACCUUUAUUUAUACCUGCAGCUUGAGUCGGAAAAGGGAACCAACAACUGACACUAGAAAACGCGACAGGGUCGACGUGUGGCGUUCAGGUGGACUAACCUUAAUUUUUGAGCCUCGCGUGACGGACAUGAUGGAUGCAACUGAUGAAGACCUGAUUGGUGAUGCUGGUCAGCAUGCAGCGCCCCCAAAUGGUGGUGCUGCUGAACUGCUGAAUGUGGGCCAAGAGGAGGACAUUCAGGGUCAGAUGGAGGAGUUUUUAGGCCCACAGGCACAGUACAAUGAGGAGGAGGAAGAGAGGAAAUACUACAGAAGAAAGAAGCUGGGAGUCAUCAAGAAUGUACUUGCUGCCAGUUUUGGAGCUAUGAUUGUUUAUAGUGUUUAUAUGGGCCUACUACAAAUGCAACUAAUCCUUCAUUAUGAUAUGACCUACCGUGAAGUGAAGUACAGCAACCUGGGCCUUGAAAACAUCGACAGGAAGAUGCUGAUGGGCAUCAACGUUACUCCAAUCGUCGGCCUCUUGUACACUCCCAUAUUGAUUAGGUUUCUUGGUACUAAGUGGAUGAUGUUCCUGGCAUCGGGAAUCUACGCGCUCUUCGUUUCAACCAAUUACUGGGAGCGUUACUACACAUUAGUUCCAUCAGCCGUAGCCAUUGGUGUGGCCAUUGUCCCUCUCUGGGCCUCCUUGGGGAAUUAUAUCACAAGGAUGGCACAGCAGUACUAUGAGUUCGUCAACUACACAGAGGAGCAUGUGCAGGAGCAGAAAAAGCUUCCAAAGGGGGCGUGCCACAAUUACAUCAUUGUCUUUCAGUCGGUCUUCAACUUCAUCUUCAAUCUGAGUUUUGUCUUUGCUGAGCUGCCCAUGCGACUCGUCCUCAACAAGCACCUGCAUGACAGCACACACAUUCUGGCCAAUGUGAAAAUAUGUGGUGCGGAAAUCACUGGAGUGAUUCCUGGCUUUAACACCACUGUGCUAGUCAACCUGCCCCGCUCCAUGCUGCUCAUCCAGGUGGAAAGCAUCCUCAUGGGCUUCGCCUUCCUCGCCAUGAUUAUUUUCCUUGUGCUGUGUGGCCCCGCGUACCGCCCAACAGAAGAGAUUGACCUUCGCAGCAUCGGCUGGGGAAACAUCUUCCAGCUGCCUUUCAAACACCUGAGGGACUACCGUCUGCGGCUGCUCUGCCCCUUCUUCAUCUACAGCGGAUUGGAAGUCCUGUUUGUCGUUUCUGGAUUCUCCCUGUCCUAUGGCGUCUGCAUCCUGGGCCUGGAUAAACUGUGGCUUCUGAUAGUCGUCUACGGCCUCUCCUCCUCUGUAUUUUCCUUCCUCUGUCUUGGCCUCUUACGCUUCCCUCGCUGGCUGUGUCUGGUCGGGGGUGCUGUAGUGCAUUUAGUGCUGCUGGUGGCUCUCAUGGUGUUCUCUGUAGAACCUAAUCAGCCAAAGUACCUGGGCCCUCUCCUGGUUAUUUCUGUGCUGUGGGGUCUCGGCACCGCCCUCAACAAGACAGGAGUCAGCACCAUUGUUGGUAUGCUGUACGCUGAAGAAAAAGAACGGCUUGACUUUGUCUACACCAUCUAUCACUGGUGGCAGGCCAUCGCCAUCUUCAUAGUCUACCUCUGGUCCAACAUGCCGAUGAGGGCCAAACUCUCCAUCCUAAUAGCCACAUUACUGCUGGCCUGCUACUGUUAUUCAGUGAUGGAGCGUCGGGUGGCCAAGAAAGUGCAGCACAGACUCCCUCGUAUCCCUCGCCCACGACACAAGGUCAAAGGUUACCGCUACCUGGAAGAGGACAACUCAGAUGAGUCGGAUUCAGAGGAGGAUGACGAAGAGGAUGAAAGGAGAAUGGAGGACGACGAGCAUGUUCUGGAGGGGAUGGGGGCAGAGGACAGGGGAGAAUGGGGUCAAGAUGCCGGGGCCAGGGGAGGUGACUCACCCAGAAUCUGGAGGAGAGGAGGCAAAGGCCAGCAGCGCAGAUGGGAGGAAGCCGAUGUGGAGGAGCGGGGGAGGAGGGAGGAGCAUGAAGGAGAGUGAGAGAGGAGGACAUGGAGGGAAAAAUAAGGGGGGCUCAUGACUUCAUCUUAAAUACUGAACUAAAUGAAAAAAGCAUAGCCUGAAGUUUAAAUAGAGGCUAAAAAUAACAGUUAAAUUAUAAUUCCUCACCCAAACGCAAGAGUUCAGCAACAGCAAACACGUUGUUAUGAGGAAGGGUGGGUCAAACUACGAUGACAUGAGUAGGUCAAGUAAAGUUUUAAAAAAUGCUUUAUAUCUCCAUAUUUUCGGAUUAAUGAAGGCAAAAAAACAAAAAGAAUCCCAAGCAAAUAUUUGGUCAGGAUGGUCAGGUUUAGUGAUAACUUUUGACACAUAUCACAGCUUCUAAAUGGUUUUAAAACCAGUGUUUGGUUCGUCACUGGUUUUUAUUUUAACAGAUUAUUUUUAAAAAGCUCCAGCUUGUGCUUCUUGAGGUUGUCAGCUGUGGAUUGAGGCUUCUAUUUAAGAUUAGUAUUACUGAUAUUAUUAUUCUACACAUGUUCUCUGGUCCUCUGACAAAACAAAAAGCCUAAAGCAUGAUCAGUCCACCACCGUUCUUUUCAGUCUGAGAGGAAUUUUUCUCAUGAAAUUCUGCACCCUGUGAAACCGUACUGUUAUAAAGAUGUGUGUGUACAAGUUCUCAGUAACGUGUGUUGAGGAUGGAGGACAGUGUUUUUUAUUUUUCUUUAAUCACCAGAGUGUAUUGAAUUUUCCUGAGGGUCUUUUGUGGUAAAAAUUGGGGAUUGUGAUUUAACCCAGUUCUCAGCUUACGAGAGACUUAUGUUGAGUGUUCAUGAUCUCUACAGUACAUUUUCUUUUUAUCACAUUUCUAUCGGACCUGAAACACCUGAAAAUCGUUUACAUUCUUGUCCUCUUUUGUGAGCAUCAGUCUUUGAGAUUUGUAAGGGGAGCUGCAGAUUUUUGGGACAAUGUUUGAGGAAAGCUUUGAAGCUGGGGUCAACAAGCUCAGUCCUUUAAUUCUAGCAAUGACAGUGGCAAUAACAUGCUAAUUAAAAUCUGAAAGCUUUGAGAUUCAAACAUUUCCAAACAAAGUUUACAAAAAAAGAAAAAAGCUUUGGCCCAGAUUUUUGCCAUUUUGUUGUUAAAAUCUUCUAAAAGUGCAGCACACACUGGAUGAAGCAGUGUGAUACAUUAAUCUCUGCUAAGUAUGUGGCGUAUGUACCAAAUCUUUUAAUAAUUGGUCACUUUAAUUGCUUUUCUACAUAAUUAGGACAAGGCCUGUAACUUAAAA